CUUAUUAAAUAGAUGAUAUUGUUGACGUUUAUCGGGCGUGUGACAGAUGGACUGCCACUCUCUGCCUCGAUCCAGGAGGAUGAGAAGACGGGGAGGGAACUGGUGGAGUAUCAGAACCAGGCCAAACAGCUCCUCAAACGACUCAACAUCAGAUCCCCUCAACAGUGUACGCUGGAGAGCGGCAAUUACUUGUUCCACUAUCUAAUCUCAAACGAAAUCUGUUUCCUCUGUCUUUGCGAGAGAACUUUUUCCAAAAGACUAGCGUACGAGUUUUUAGAAGACAUAUCAACACAGUUCCUAACGCAAUACGCCCAAAAGUAUGGGUCUGUAGGCAGGCCUUACGCUUUCAUAGAGUUCGACACUUACAUUCAGAGGGCCAAAAAGUCAUUCACAGAUGGUGCAACUAGAGGAAAGAGAAAUUUAGUCAAUGUCAGCAGCGAACUACAAGGAAUCCAAAGGAUAAUGGUGCAAAAUAUAGACGAUGUACUGCAAAGAGGAGAGAAGCUUUCCGAUUUAGACGACAAAGCGAGCAGUCUCUCUAUGAUGUCGGCGAAGUACUCGAAGAGUGCAAAGAGUCUCAACUCCUGGACACACUACGUCAAGUUUGGCCUGGGCUUUUUUGUGUUAUUUGCUGGUGCACUUUACCUCAGAUUUUGGUGGUUCUGAAGAAGAUAUCUCAAAGAUGGAGUUAGUUUUUGAAGAAUCAGACGUGAACAGACUUAUUUAAACUGCGCCAGGCUUGAACUGAUGUUUUGUUGUGGUAUAGAAUUAUGUUUUUGCUGUUACUUAUGCAAUACAAAAAUUUGCGACCCUUGUCAAACUAUCCUGGGGCUCGAACUCAAUUUCUUUAAUCGAAAUUUCCCAUUUAAUUGAAUGGAUUAUAGUUCAAGCUUGAAAGCAACGUUAUCAAAUAUUGAUGCAGGGGCCGCAUUUUUUGUUUUCAGCGCCCAUUAUCCAUUUUCUAGUACAGAUAGACUAAGUUGUGAUGCUGGAAAAGGUUUGGGUCCAAUAAGCUGUAAAUAUUUAACUGGGGUGCUUAUUAUGUGAUUGAAUAUCGCAGAAAACACUAUAUUUUAAAAACAUCUAGUGACAAAUCUAAGCUAUGCCUAGCGUACUGAAAAAAUAGAUUGGCAGCUACGAGUAUAAAUGGCCGUGAAAAAGGUUAAAUCUUUUAGAUUUUCUAGCUGGGCUGAAAUUAAGUGAAUGGUUAAUGUGAUCAAUUGUUGUAAAGAUAUCUUGGUGUCUUCGGUGUGCUAUUGCCUCAUUUUAUUUAAAAAUUUACUGUAUAGAAUUACAUAAAUUGACAUUAUUGAAACAACGAAA